UACCCUUUUUAAGUACUUGUUUUGUAAGAUGUUUUGGAAUUCAACGUUUGCUUGAUGAACACAAAUUACCGAAACAUUUUCAGAAAAAGUGCCUCUUUCUCUGUUCUCACACACAAUAUCACCGCACGUGUCAAUUUUUAUUCGUUUUCGUCGAUAGCUGUGUAAAUCUAUAAUCCGCAAACAUGGGUGAAGGCGCCGAAGAACCUCAAAAGAAGAAACGUCAGUUUAAAAAGUAUACGUACCGUGGUGUAGAUUUAGAUCAAUUGCUCGACAUGCCUGCCGAGCAAUUGACUGAAAUCAUGAGUUCGCGCGCUCGCAGACGUUUCAAACGUGGAUUAAAACGUAAACCGAUGGCUUUAGUCAAGAAAUUACGUAAAGCUAAGAAAGAAAGCGUUCCAGGCGAGAAACCCGAUGUUGUCAAAACUCAUUUACGAAAUAUGAUCAUCGUUCCCGAAAUGGUAGGCUCAAUCGUCGGCGUUUACAACGGAAAAACCUUUAAUCAAGUCGAAAUUAAAGCGGAAAUGAUCGGUCAUUAUUUGGGUGAAUUUUCUGUCACCUACAAACCCGUUAAGCACGGAAGACCCGGUAUCGGUGCCACCCAUUCGAGUAGAUUUAUUCCUUUGAAAUAACCUGUAAACCUUUUUGAAUGUUUUAUAUGACGAAUUAAAGUUCUUCAUUUAAGUUUCUAA